UUAGUACUUUACUAUGAAGAGCCAUGUGAGACACUUCUUUGGUGGGGGGUUUCCUAUGGUCGCACUUCCUCAAUACGACAUUAGAAAAGUUCCCUUUUUGGUAUUCUGGUUACAACUGCCUGCUUCUCACACAAUGCAACAGGACAUCAGCGUCUGGGUUCGGGACCCGAGGAUCCAGAACACCGACUUCUGGCACGCCUAUAUAGACUACGAAAUAUGUUUACUUACUAACAGUCUUUGCUUCACCAAGAAGAUCUCGUGUACAAGGAGGCGGUUCAGCGAGUUUGUAUGGCUGAGGCAAAGACUCCAGGUGCAUUCACUGCUCAUCAAGCUCCCACAGAUGCCGCCGAAGAACCUGUUUUUCAGUCUGAACAGCGCCCGGCAGAUUUCUGAGCGAAUGAAGGGGCUUCAGACCUUCCUGGAGCAGAUCCUGGUGAGCCCCUACCUGCUGUCGGACAGCUGUGUUCAUCUGUUCCUGCAGUCCCGCCUCAGCGUGGCCCAGAUGGACGCCUGUGUGGCGGGCCGGACACGCUACUCUGUGGCCCAGGCCAUCGAGCGUGGGGGGCAGAGCCUUCCCCGCUUCCCCUCUACAGAGGACCUGAACCAGGGCUCUUCCUCCUCCUCUUACUCUAACAUGUAGCAAGAGGCUAGUGUGUAUGUGUAUAUGUGUCGCACCUGACAUCAUUUGUGCAUUUCUAGAAGAGAUUUUAUGUUAUGUUAUGUUUCACUCCCCUCUUCUGUUAUUUUUGAGUACUUAGAAAAUAGCUAUCUGAAUAAAAAGGUACUGUAAUAUUGUUGUUAUUAUUUUUACUAUUACUAUUAUUACUAAUAGUAGUAGUAGUUUUAUCGGGGUGCUGCAGGACUACGGUAAAGACUGUAGUAGUAAGCUAAUGAUAUGGCUGCUUCUUGGUCUAAUUGUUUGUUAGUUCUAGUCCGGUACUCUCAGUUCCAGACCCCAGCAGUAUGGACGGAGCCCUGAACACAGAACAGACUGAACCAUCGGAUGCAAGAGGAUCUAUACAAUAGGAAACCUUCUUGAUAUCCUCUGUCUUGUCUUGAAAACAUUUCCAUGAAAUAAUUGAUUUACACAUUGUGGCCAUUUGGACUCCUGUGGCCUCAGCACCUUGUUAUGUAAACUUUACACUGCAUAUUAUUUUCCACUGUU